UGUACACAGUAGCUUCAUCCGCACUUGUCAACCAGAGAUUCGACACCGAAACUUCCACUCCAAGUCACGCCGCAUCAUCUCUGCCGACUCAUCUGUCCUAGACGUCCUCAAUUCAUCCCUGAUACAAUUGACCAGCAUGCCUCCCAAACGAACACAAACCCCCGGCUCCUCCUCCCUCUCCUCCGGCCCAGCAGUCCUAUCCUCGAAUUCCUCCGUAUACCAAAUCGCCCACCAUGUAUGGCAGCAGUACCUCACCACAACGCCGCAGCGCACCAUGAUGCUUGAUGCCUUCAUGGUUUUUUUGUUGUUUGUCGGCGCUGCGCAAUUCCUCUAUUGCGUUUUGGCUGGAAACUACCCCUUCAAUGCCUUUCUGAGUGGGUUCUGCGCCGCGGUCGGCCAGUUCGUGCUAACGGCUAGUUUGCGCAUGCAGACGAGUAGCGAGCAGAAGGGGGGAAACAGUAAGCCCAGUUCGAAGGGGAAGAAUGCGCGGUUUGCGGCGUUGGAAGGCGGGGAGGAGCAGGGUGCGGUGUCUCAUGAGAGGGCGUUUGCGGAUUACAUCUUCGGGAGCUUGAUUCUGCACUUUUUCUGUAUCAAUUUCAUCAAUUGAGCGCGAGGCUGUUGGCGGCGGGAUAUUCGGUGGAGUUUGAGAGGAUACCGGUAGUAGUCCGCUUGCGAGAUGGAAGGUCGUUUGUCUUCGCUUCUUCAGGGCCUACGCGGUACUUUGUGAGCUUCACCGGGAUUAAUCAUGAGACUGUACUUUAUUGGCCUUUACUGCAGUGUCGCGAUUAAAGUGCUACUGAUGGCUGGAUACCCAAUAGCUGCGCCAGAAUGGCAUCGCAUUCUAUCUAUGAUAGAGUUCAGAGCCCGCUCUUUGAAUGAACUCUUCUAAAUUUGUACAUCGGGUAUAUGU